CGCCGAAAGGGGCACCGGCGGAAAAGCUUCCUGGCCAAGAUGCACCCCUUCCCUUCCCCGUCCCACUCAUCCACUUCAUCUCGUCACCUCACAUGUUUUGCCCUCCCGUCAAACCUUCUCCCGGUGUCCCCUCUCGGACGGCGUCCGGCUGAGAGCCACCUUUUUUUUUUUACCCUCCACCAGCACCCUCCCCCAUUUUACACUCCCGUAACGCCCUCGCCCACCAAGAGUGGCGCGUCUAGACGUCCUCUCCCAAGCGGCUCCACUCCCCCUCUCCCAACCGGCGGCCCAUUCGCCGGCCGCCCAAGCCCCGAGUUUUCGCUCGGAGGCCCGAUACCGGCGCGGCCGUGCGACGCACUCAGACCCGCAUCGACCGUCGACGCGGUCGGGCCCCUCACGAGUUUCGAGGACGUCGCCCACGAGUACGCCUGCCUCCGCCGCCGCAUCCUCAUGGCUCAGAGACGCGGCGUGUUCGGACCCCUGGCUCUGGGCACCGCGCUGGCGUCCGCGGUACUCGCGGCUGCCCUGUCGCUGCCCCCGGCCUCGAUGGCCCUGACGCUGGCUCCGGACCCCGAGUCCGGAACCGAGCCCGGCGACGUCGUCGGUCCCACGCCGCACCGACCCCGAUACCUGGGACCCUGCAACCGGGUGCCGCCCGGCGUGGUCACCGAGCGCUCGCCGGGCUACAACAACUUCAGCAUCGUCAUCUCGGGCAACCCGAAGAAGUACGUGCCCGGAGAAGCGUACACGGUAUCCAUACAAGGGCGCAAAGAGGCGCUUGGAGGAGCCACGUCGCAGAAGUUUAUAGGAUUCAUGCUAGUAGUUGAAUCCCAGGAUCAAAAUAGAAUCACCCAAGACGUGGGAAGUUUUCAGUUAUUCGGCGAUGCGUUGUCUAAAUUUUCAGAAGACUGCCCGCACGCGGUGGUGCAGACUUCCCUCGUGCACAAGGCCGAGGUCAGCGUCCUCUGGGUCGCACCGCCGGCGGGCUCAGGAUGCGUGCUAUUCAAAGCCACAGUAGUGGAAAAUCGCGACGCAUGGUAUAUGGACGAAGGAGAAUUAACUAAGGAGCUAUGCCAAGAAGAGCAGCAGAACGACGACGAGCAACCAGAAGUGCUUGACGAAUGUUGCGCCUGCGACGAAGCCAAGUACGAGAUGACCUUCGAGGGACUCUGGUCGAGAUAUACGCACCCCAAGGGAUUCCCGGACAACGAGUGGCUGACCCAUUUUUCGGACAUAAUCGGUGCCUCGCACGCGGCUGACUUCAAGAUGUGGGAGUACGAGGGAUUCGCCUCGGAGGGAGUCAAGAGCGUCGCCGAGCACGGCGCCACCAAGAAGCUCGAGUCGGAGCUCAAGGCCGAGUCGGGCAAGAUCAGGACCAUCGUCAAGGCCCGCGGUCUGUGGUACCCCAACGUGAACGGGAAGACGUUCGCCGUGUUCCGCGUGGACAAGAAGCACCACGUGAUGUCCGUACUCUCCAUGCUGGGCCCAAGCCCGGACUGGAUCGUGGGCGUCAGCUCGCUCGAGCUAUGCCUCAAGAACUGCUCCUGGAUCACCGAGAAGACCAUGAACCUCUACCCAUGGGACGCAGGGACCAGCGAGGGCGUCACAUACGUCAUUGGUCAGCGCGAAGCCACAUCCCCCCAGCAGCGGAUCCAGAAGAUCUCGUCGAGCCACCCACACCACCCGGACUCGCCUUUCUACGACCCCACCGGGGCCCCGAUGAAGCCCGUGGCCCGAUUGACGGUCACGAGGCAGCGUAUCUACGAGAAGUCGUGCGACGAAGACGUCGAGCCCAACACGCCGGCGCCGUUGGAGACGCCCUCUCCCGUCGACCUGAGGCCGACAUUGGAAAAUAUAUCCGCCGAGUGUGCCGUCACCGAGUGGUCCAGCUUCGGGCCUUGCAGCGUGACUUGCGGACAGGGCGUGAGGACGCGGACGCGCAACUUCAUCAUGCGCGACAAGGCGUUCAUGUUCAACUGCAAGACGCAACUGGUCGACCGGGAGGUGUGCGAGAUGGACUGCGCCGGGGGCGUGAGCUGCGAGACGACUCCGUGGAGUGAGUGGAGCGAGUGCAGCGUCACCUGCGGCAAAGGCGUGCGCAUCCGGCAGCGAAAGUACAAGCAGCACAUGGCCAGGAAGCGCUGCACGCUCGAUCUCAUGGAGAAGGAGAUGUGCGUCGCCGACAUGCCAACCUGCAAGGACGCCCCCGAAGUGCUGGACCCAAACUGCGCGGUGACCCAGUGGGCGGAGUGGUCUCCGUGCACGGCCACCUGCGGCAAGGGAAUCAAGGUCCGCACUCGGGCCUACCUCAACGCCAUGGCGGCCGCCAUGGCCAUGUGCAACGUGGAGCAGAUUCAGAAAGCCCCCUGCAUGGCCGAGAACGCUGACUGCAAGAUCGACAGCCAGGAGGCGCACGAAAUCUGCCUGCUGCCCAAGGACAUCGGACCGUGCCGGGGCUACUUUCCGCGCUGGUACUACGACUCCACCAAGCGGAUGUGCCUGCAGUUUGUAUACGGAGGAUGCCGCGGCAACAGGAACCGAUUCGAGCGAUAUGCUGAGUGCAACAAAAUGUGCGAGGUCACAAUAUCACAGAUAACGCAAGGACUCCUGUCGCCUUCGGCACUGGGCCAAAGCUACGCCAUGAAAGACACCACUCUGCACGUGGAAAAGGGCCUUGUCUGUGCGCCCAUCGGCAAGCUCAACGGCAUGGCGCCGGUCAACGUGCUGCCGACGACAAGCGACGAGCCCACGUCGCCGGUCAUCGACUGCGUGCUGACGCCGUGGUCUCAGUGGGGGCCCUGCUCCAAGACGUGCGGCAACGGCCGUCGGGAGCGACGGCGCAUGAUCAAGCUGAACCCGCAGAACGGGGGCAAGGCGUGUCCCAAGCGACUGGUCCAGAGACGAAAGUGCAAGGAGAACCCGCCGUGCCCGGAAACAAAGGAACCGAGAAAAGGGAAAAAAGACCGCAACAAAGCGGUGGACUGCAUGCUGACGCCGUGGAGCGAGUGGCGUCCCUGCUCCAAGACUUGUGGGCCAGGUGCAGUGCAGGAGCGACAUCGCACCAUCAAGCGGCACCCGAAGAACGGCGGAUCCAGCUGUGACGCUACUUUCGAACGGCGCUACUGCACACUGCCACCGUGCGACUACCGCCGACGCUAGCCACCGGGAAGGCCGCUGGGCCAUCCCCUCCGCAGCGGGACGGUGCACUAACAUGUGCCAAGCCGAAAGUUACCUGGUACGAGUACUUCAAGACGCCACCCGACACGAUUGCACACAUAUCGCCUGGGCCUUCGACCUCUAUCCAGUUUCUCUCUCGACCACCACGCACACUUCACGAAUCGACUACCGCUUCUGCUGUCACGCUGCUGCGUAGUGCUGCUAUAGAACGCUGCUCUUAGACCGCAGAGCUCUGUAGGCUUACUCGAAUUCAGUAGUUCCCUUGAAGACGCAUCUCUAAACGCUGGUUAGCGCUGUUUCGAAGAUAGCUAAAGAAGAAAACGGUGCUGAGAAAAACAAAGAAACCUGCUCCAUGGCAUCAAGCUCCUUCUCGCCGACUUGCACUACUACACUACUGCUGCUGCUACUCAUCUACGUUGCACAAGGUCACCGCACCACGUGACUCCUGCUCCGCGCGCUCGCUGAUUUCGCUGUUCCUUUAAUCCUUUUGCCAAGGUCGGCGCGACGCUGUAGAUAGACGUAAGGCUGCUUUUUAGGGCACAAUCGCGUUUCACUGAUCGUGGAAUGCGUCUACCAAAGAACGACGUCGAGUGUACGUGUGAACAGAACGACGAGCUUCCAUGUACAUGCGAGGCUCAGCGAAAGCCCGGCAGUUGCCUCAAAAACUGAGGCCAGAACAAUAGUAAGCGAGCAGUACUGCUGCCACUGCUCGCUUUUGUUCGAAGUAAUUGUUAGUAAUAAUCCAGUGUUCGUAUAAAAGAGUGUACGCCGUUGUACAAAGAGAGCCCCGGUAAAGUUACGUGUUAUGAUCAUUAAGAAACCUCGUCGUGUGAUUACUAAUAGCUCGUGCGUUAUGUCGUUAGCCUUUCUGAGCUCUUCGAGCGUGCGUUGUAAAUAUUUCUUGCGCCAAUUUGCUGGUCCGAAAACGAGUUCGUUAGAAGCUGACGGCCGAUAUAAGUUCCUCGACAAGCGUAUGUCACGUGAGCUUCCCGUUGAAGAAAGUAAGGCGCGAAGAAACGUCUACCCUAAUUUCUGCAUAUGUCCUAAACUACUGUACCAAUGCUUCGGGAAAGAAUGACCGCGGCAUGUUGCGGUACCGCAAGGCUCAGUGUUUAUGAUGGACUGGUGAGAUAGGUAUCUGAUCGUUAGCACUGUUGACAUGACAGUACAUAUUUACGGCUCACUUCUUGAAGCAUCUAAAUAAAGCAGGAACCCUUUGGACAUGCAAGUUUUGACUAUAUUCAGCGAUGAAACGCCUUCGACACAAAACUACAUAUGCUCUUUCGCACGAGGUUCGCACGCCCGGCUCUUUAUUGAGAAAUGCUCUCCAGUCGCGUCACAAUUGUUUAUGUUUGAUGAGAAUUCUUACUUUGGUGAAUGGUUGAGGAAGACUAAGAUCAUUUCACAAACCUGUUAGCUACUACGCUCAGGACUUAAGGUUUUCCCACUUCCUACGAGAACGCCUCUGCGGAAUAUACAGGCGUGCUGAAGUCAAAGUACUUUGUCAUCAUCUAAUAAGAACUGGGUUUCAAUGAACCAGUAGUCGAAAGUUUUUUUUUUAGCGGUUUCCGACGACAGGUGAAGCAAAUCUCCGGAGGCGCGAGAUACGGGUUCACAUCCUUAUCUUACUUGGAGCUCAUGAUCUGGUGUUACCGGCCAUUCGUCAAAUCGAUUAUAUACAUUUUAUAUCACAAAUUACUAAUGAAUUCAAAUCGUGCGAUCCCACUACUACCUUGCGAUAAAAAAUUUACGUUUCGGUCGACGUCUUACUAUAGGACCUCUCAACAAAUUGUAGCACACUGGGACAUGCGACAGCAUUAACGACUUUUUCACUGUUCAACUUUUCGCCAUGAAAAUAAUGUUAAGGGGAAAAUAACGACCCGUACGCGAUAACACGCUCGUUCAUGACUUCCCAAGAGCUCCCGCGGAAACGUUUUCAUCGAAAGCUUAUAUCGUGCGCCUCUAUUCAAAAACGACGAGGCUGAAAGCAAAAACUUAGUUGCCGCAUGGUUAUCUGUCGGUGUGCCGCAUUACUUUCAAAAACAUGCAUCCUGCGGCUCAUUCGUAAUUCACGCGACGCUGUCGGAUGCUUCGCAGACCACAUCUAAGCUUUGUGCCAGUAGCCUUUGUCUCUGACGUACACGUCGUAGAACUUGCAGCACUGCAAAGGUCCUCCCACUGUUUCCCGGUGUUCUCUGUAUUCUAAGUCCCGUCGUUCAUGGCAUGACCCUGGGAUGUCUCAAGCCAAAAGAACAUCGGCCGCUUUGCCCGGUCAUUGCCAUUUCCACGUCUUCCGAACGCGCCUUCGAAGGUGACCACGGCUGUUUUCGAGUUGGUCAGAGGCAGCUAAGAAAAGAAGGCUUCUUUUUCAAGCGGUUUUCGCAUCUCAGCAUUUAUCUAUCUAUUUCUGUGUGUAUACAUGUUUAUCCUGUAAACGCAACUGAACUAAACAUAGGUGGUGCCUUUAUGAAAACGAAAAAAAAAAGAUCAUUCGCAUCCUCGUUGCCCCGUUUCAGUUCCUCAGUUUCUUUUCUCUUCCCUUUUGUGGGGUUGUCGAAGUUGUGCGCAAUUGCGUCUCAUAACUAUGAAGGUUGGACAGAUUUUUGACGCUCAGGGGUGCUAUGUUGCGCGAAGAGCUAUCGUGCAACUUGGCCUCCGAGCUGAGGGCACAGCGAACUGCAUACACUGACGUGUUUCGCAUCAAGCAAUGAAUCAACGGAGAUCGCUUGACACAGCCAGAAAAAAAAAAAAGAAUCCUCGCAAUUAGGAUUAUUAUUUUGCACGCGCAAGUGACUUUCAUUUGUGGAGUAGUUGGCAAAAACAAAAAGCUUUUAUCAACGGCAAAUGUCAGCUUCGUCUGCGCAACGCCCAGCCCAAGUUAAAUAUAACGAAGUAGACGGAACACCAGAACUGUAUCGUUAAAUUGUCAACGCUUGAAACAUUCGUAAGACUAAGAUAGUUUAUUCAAGAGUGAGAAAUCGUUAAAUUGGCAACGCUUGAAACAUUCGUAAGACUAAGAUAGUUUAUUCAAGAGUGAGAAGGAGAUGUAAUUUGCGACUGCGUGAGCUUUGUGGGACUAAGUGUGGACUAAGACUGCACUGAGAAGGUAACACACUUUUCAGCUAGACUUCGGCAGAGCAGCUGGCGCCAUCCGGUAGAGCCGGCGUUAAUCUUGCUGUGCUAAGACACAUCAACAGACUUUCUGGUAUCGUGAAAGAAAAGCAAUCCGCCUCAUGCUAUGAAGAUGAUGUGCUUACUGUAACAAUACGUGAACAAAAUCUUGAGGUAUUUAACAGAACAGGUCACUUAUGACCACAUAAGCCAUAUUUUUCCAGGAAACUACAUUAAAUCGGGAUACAACGAGUUUACUUCAUUCCUCCGAGGCUUUCAAUGCAUUACGCUUUAUGGAUAUGUGUCAAAAAUGGAGGGCACUUAUUUAGGUUGAAAAUAUCCUAUGUAUAGUUUCGUUAACACUAUGUGUCAUGCUCUUCGACAUCUUAUGUCGACGCUGAAGCGCAUUCUUUAUCGGCAAAGUUGAACAUUGCCUCCACUCCAGUAGCCUCUCACGUUCCUUCAAGCCGAUCUCCCGAGGUUCUUGUGGUUGUUGCGAAGGCCUUGUUUUUUCUGUGUGUGGUGUUUAAUAACUUUAGUCAGAACGAUUGUAGCAGAUGAGUGUCGUCGUUUCGCAUAGCUUUCGAAGUGGUGUCACUGUCCUCUUGUUGUGAAGCAAAAUGAUUAUUUUCCUGUCUCUUUGCCCAGCGCUCGAAGCUUGUAUAUCCUGUCGCACAACUCUCGACGACAUCGGACGCUAUGAGGCGCAACUUCUUGUCUUCUUAUUUUUUUUCCCGAGUCCUAAGGGUUUUCUCGGGACGGUGCCCGAAACACAGGAACAUGCGUAGAAGUGAGGCACAGAUUAAAAUUCGCCUGCAAACAUGAGCUAGGAGAGGUGACCUUGUCAAACUAAAAUCAAAAUAACACCGCCGACUAGCGCGGUUUACGAUGCAUACUUACAUAGGUGCAAUUCUUUUGUUGAGAUGCCGUGUCUCCACUCAACUUGUGUUCAUUGCAAGAUCAAAUUUUCGGAAACUGAGACGUGAUUUGUCAUUCACAGAACAAAAUUUCAGAAAUCGUGGUUCAACACGUUGAACUGAAGUAAUCCUCCUCUCGACGUCGUCUUCCUUACGUAAACAAAAACUUUUGAUGAAAAACAAGCACCAGCCCCACAAAAGAAAUAAUGACUAACUUGUCACUUGAAAAAAAAAAUCACCUCAGGGUUACACUGCGAGUAUGCCGAAGUUUCUGUUGCAACAAGCGCUUGACACUGGUGGUUGUGCCAAUUUUUUUCUUACGUUGUUUCUUGUCGUCCUGUCUAUGCCUAGCCAGAGCGACUGUACAGUUAGAUCAUUGUUAAUCAGAUGCAAUAUUUCAUAAAAUAAAAUUUCUCUCGAGGAAA